UUAGAAUCAAUUUUUGGAGUUGCAUUAGCAGAAGAUACUUCAGAUAGAUUAAUGGAUUAUUUAAAUAAAUCAAUUGAAUAUUUAUUAAAUAACUCAUCAGAUGAAAGAGUAUUUAAUUCUGAUGUUUCAGAAGUUAAAGUCAAAACAUUAAUAGAGUUAAUCGAAAAUACAUUAAUUACAGAUUUUAGUCAAUGUAAAGAACCAUCAGUUAUUGCAUCAGUUUUCCUUUAUUAUUUCAGUAAAUUACCAACUUUACUUCUCAGUAAAAUUUCACCACAGUUAAUUCACUCAACAGAUAUCAAUCAUGAAGAGUAUCGUUUCAAUGUAGUUCAUUCACUUUUAUUCAUGUUACCAAAACAAAAUAGAAAUAUAUUGAAAAUAGUGUUACAAUUUUUAAAGAAAUAUUCAGAUUCGACUACCAACGAACAAGUAAUGGAUCAAAUCUACAAUAAAUUCUCUAGAGUUUUCAUGGAUGCUACCGUUGCUACUUAUGACCAAGCCUCUAAAGCUUUUAAAUUCCUCGUAUUAAAUAUUGAACAACUUGAAAGUAGACCACAAGAUAUCCAAUAUAUGGUUAAAGAUGGUGAAUCAAUUGUUAAAGCCGCUUCAUUUGACCGUUUAGUAGAGAAAUUAUUUGAUUUAUCUUAUGGAUUCAAAGAUGCUGACUAUAACUAUACAAUUUUCCAUACCUACGACUACUAUACUACAUCAGUUGGUCUUUUAGAUAAAUUUAUUUACUACUACCGUAUUUCUUUAACAUUAACACCAAAGCUUCAAAUGGAAAUGUCAAUUACAACCUUAUCAGUAGCAAUGUUUUGGAUGAAAAUUCAACAAAACCAAUUAAUCACCGAUUUAGCAUUCCUUCAAAAACUCAAAUCAUUCAUUGACCAAUUCCCACAAGUACCACCAUCUCACAACACUUAUUUCUCCUAUUUCCAAACACUCUUUAAACCAAAUAUCGAACCAUUAAAACCACUAUACGAACGUGGUAAUAGUUUUGUUGGUCCAAAUCUCCAACAAUCAAGCGCUGGUAAAAAGAAGAAUCAUCUCAUUGAAAAGAUGAUGAGUAAAAACAAGGAAAAUGGCAAUAUAGAUAUCGAUAUCUACACCCUUGGCGCCACAAUCAUUGCCCAACAAAUCACUUUAAUUGAUAAUGAAAUGUUAAUGGCAAUUCCACCAACCCAAUUUUUACAUGGUCAUUUCACUAAAUUACAUUUAUCACCUCAAUAUCACGAUAUGGUUUGCAAGUUUAAUGAAUGGGCUCGUUGGACAUCCGCUGAAAUUCUUUCAAAAGAAAAAUUGGUAGAUAGAGUUGCAUGUUUAUCAUUCUUUAUUGAUUUAGGUAAAAAUUGUGUAGAAAUGGGUAAUUAUAGUGCUGCCAAUGCUAUUCUUUGUGGUUUAAAUAACUCAGCUGUAUCUCGUCUUAAAUUAACUUGGGAAAAAAUAACAAAUAAAGUUAACCAAGAUUAUGACCGUUUGGAAUCACUUUUCGAUCUCAGUAUGAACUAUAAAAACUAUCGUGAAGAAAUUAAAACAACCAAAGCUAAAAUUAUUCCAUAUUUAGGAGUAUUCACCAAAGAUUUAAUUGCUAUCGAAGAAGGAAAUGAUACUUUUACUUCAAACAAAUUAAUCAAUACUGAAAAAUUCCGUUUACUAUAUGGCACAAUUAAAAGAAUUCAAUCUUAUCAACAACCAUUAUUCAAUAUCAAAGCUUCAGAACCAAUUAAAUUAUAUCUCAGAAAUAUUUCUCAAAAUUUAUUAGAUGAAAAAGAAUUACAUUCUAUUAGUUUAAGAUUAGAACCACGUCAAUCAAUCAGUAAUUAA